ACACACCGUCCAACUCCGUCAUCAACAAGUGUCUCGAUCACCUUCUAUUCAUUUGCAAAUGCGUUUUUUUUUCUCCUUUUUUUUUCUUUUUUUUGUCCCCUUCCCAUUGGUUCUCGCCCGACUGAGCGAGGGUAGGGGAACUCUGAGGGACCCCGGCUGGGUUCAGAGUGAGCGCCGGCCCCUGUGACAUCCAGUGGUCCCGAGGAGCUGAGGAGAGAAGGAGCCGCUGCGUCAACUCUGAAUAUCUGUAAAACUUUCUAGCAGGACCGGAGCAGACUGAUGGCUCACACAGCGCACAUCUAAUUUAAGAACCUUUUGGAAGAACUGGUUGUUCUUUGCCGCCUCUUUAUUUUCCGAGGUGUGUCCGCGUAAUUAGGCCCUGAUUCGGAUCACCCGGUUCAACCUGUACGGAGACUUGGCCGAGACUGACUGCGUCCCAGCCCGCUCCGCCGCCUUUUAACUCCUCCAGCAAACUCCACUUCACCCGCGUCCGUCCAAACAUGUACAGCAUGAUGGAGCACGAGAUGAAGCCCACGGGCCAGCCCCCGUCCCACCAGACCUCCCAGGGAAUGUCACCGGUGACCGGCAACAUGACCGGGAGCAUGGGCAGCAACGGCACGUCUCACCCGACCUCCAAAACGGUGUGCCCGCUGGGAACCGACCCCAUGGAUAAAGUCAAGCGGCCCAUGAACGCGUUCAUGGUCUGGUCCAGGGGCCAGAGGCGCAAGAUGGCUCAGGAGAACCCCAAAAUGCACAACUCCGAGAUCAGCAAGCGGCUGGGAGCCGAGUGGAAACUCCUGACCGACGCGGAGAAGCGGCCCUUCAUCGACGAGGCCAAGCGGCUGCGCGCCGUCCACAUGAAGGAGUACCCGGACUACAAGUACAAGCCCCGGCGCAAGACGAAGCCCCUGCUGAAGAAGGACGCACAGGUGGGGAAGUACCCCCUGUCGGCGGGGAACCUGCUGGCGGCGGCGGCGGCGCAGGGCCAGAGCGGCAACCCGAGGAUGGAGAACUACGGCUGGGGCCCCACCGGAGGGUACGCCGGCAUGCAGGGCGAGGCGCUCGGGUACACGCAGCAGCUGCACCGGUACGACCUCUCCGCCCUCCAGUACCCGCCGGCGAUGACGGCGGCGCAGACGUACAUUAACGGAGCCAACUCUUACAGCCCCAUGUCCUACAGCAGCAGCCCCCAGCAGCCGAGCCCCGUCACCAUGUCCAUGGUGAAGGCGGAGCCGGUGUCCCACUCGCCUCCGACGGGGACGCCCAACCACCACCGCGGGGCCCUGCAGGGCGACCUCAGGGACAUGAUCAGCAUGUACAUCCCCGGGCCGGGAGGGGAGGCCACCGACCCCUCGGCGGGGCAGAGGGGCUUCGCCAGCGUCCAGCAGCACUACCUCAGCGGGACGGUCCCGCUCACACACAUCUAGAACCUGAGUCUUUUGGGGGGUUUGGGGGGUUUUAAGGGGAGGGGAGGUUCAGCGCUAAAAGCCCCAAACCUUGGAGAGGUGGAUUCAGGACAUGUGUGAAGAGUUCUUCUCAUUCACCACCAACCUCUCGACCCCCGGAGGACUGCUGUG